AUGGGCAAUGACUCAUAAAAAUAUAAGCAACCUCUUUAUGAAUUAUAGAAGUCAUGUACUUUCUAAAUGAAAUAUCCAUGCUCAACCGUAGCUAUUAACUAGAGUGGCUCUCUAAUCUUGACAAAUUUAGUUUCAAGAAUAUUAGUAUUUGGUUUUGAUGGGAAAUCCAUAAAAAGUAUUUCAAACAUUUAGAAACAUUAAUGCUCAAUUACCGUUCUUAAAUUCUUUAAUUUGAGAAAUUAAUUUAUUUCAGGCUCAAGUGACCUAUCUAUCAUCAUUAUGCCUACAAUUCUAAAUCCAACAAAAUAUAUAUAAAAACUUAAAGGACAUAAAGGAAUGAUCAUGUGUAUAGCUAUUCAUUCACUUAAUGAAGAUCUUAUGGUUUCUGGAGAUUAUGAAAAUACAAUCAGAAUCUGGUCAAUGUAGUAAUCAAGUUUAUAAUGGAAAUGCAUUCAAGAAAUCAUAGAGCACAAAAGUUAAGUUUAUGGGAUAUCAAUUAAUGAAAUUGGAAAUUAAGUUGUCUCUUGCGAUAAAAAAUAAUUGAUUUUAGUUAUUGAGAAAAGCAAAAAUUCAAAUGCUUGGUUUGUCAAGUAAAAAAUAGAAGCUUAUUAACACGAAGGAGCUGGAGUGAGCUUUUUAACAAACGAUCGAUUCAUCAUUUAGUCUAUUAGUGAAAGUACAAUUGACCUAUAUGCAUUACGGUAAGAAGGAAGAUACACUAAAAUCCAAUCAGAAAAACUUAAAUAUUGCAACAACGGAUUAAUUCGUUAAAAUUUAUCAUACAAUAAAAAAAUGAAAAUCUUGACUUUAAAAACAGGUUAGAAGCUAUUCAUUAUUAGAUUUGAUUUGUAAAAUAACAAAGAUCAGUCUUAAACCAAAAAUAAUGAAUUACUCAUUAAGAAUGUUUAGAUAAUUGAUUUUAAAACUCUUUUUUUCUACAGGGCAAUAAGUGAUGAUGGCUAAUACUUGAUAACCAGGAAUUAAUUAUCACAAUCUAUUGAAGUUAGGUUUCUCAAUAAAAGUUUAAUUGAUUGA